AUCUGCGAGUUAUUCGAUCACGUAGUGGGCGUCAGCACAGGCAGCAUCAUUUCUAGUCUAUUAAUUGGAAAAGGGUACAGCGUCGAGGAAUGUCGCGAGGUUUAUGUGGACGUCUCUAAAAAGUACGAUUUUACUACUAUUAUAAGUUUGUGUCGUCAUUAUAUCUGCGAGUUAUUCGAUCACGUAGUGGGCGUCAGCACAGGCAGCAUCAUUUCCAGUCUAUUAAUUGGAAAAGGGUACAGCGUCGAGGAAUGUCGCGAGGUUUACGUGGACGUCUCUAGAAAGUUGUUUUCACAAAGCCGUUUGACUGGUGUGAGUGGAGUUGUUUUGAAUCAUUCAUACUAUGAUACUAAGAAAUGGAUGAAAAUUCUGAAAGAGGUUAUUGGAGAAGAUCUUACUAUUAUUGAAACGAGUAAGGCUGUAGUACCUCGUCUAAGUAUCGUUGCCGCCAUUGUAAACUCGCCGGUUCUUCAGCCAUAUAUAUUUCGUAACUAUGAAGCUCCUGCUGGUCGUGACUCUCACUACCGAGGAAGCACGGGACAAUAUCUUUGGAAGGCAAUUCAGGUUUGUGGUUUUUAUCUCAAACGUGUCAAACUAAUUUCCUGGUUUCAUUCCUCUGGGUUUUGGUUAGGAAAGGAGGAAUACGUGUUAUCUGUGUUUAUUUGA